CACGUGACGCACGCGGACGCGCAUCGGUGUGACUCCGCGCAGGAGGGACCCGAACCUCCCCAACGCGCUCGCUCAAAAACACACUCAUUCCUCCUCAUCUGCAGCGUGUGUGUGUGUGUGUGUGUAUGUGUGUGUGUGUGUGUGCGCGCGCGCGCGUUUCGCCUCAGAUAUGCGGUUCAAAGCUCGGGAGCAGCAGUGAACGCGGAUCUGCUCUGCUGAUACUCAGGAUCUGAGCUGGAUCGGGGGUUUUCUGGGGGUCGCGGAAUCAGGGAGGUCUUUCCGAUGAACCUGGAGAAUUGCGGCGGCUUCCACGGCGCCAUCAGGCCGCUGGACACGGAGCCGAAGGUCAGCAAGCUCGCGUUCGGCUUCCAGCGGAGCUCCACCUCGGAUGACGACUCCGGCUGCGCCUUGGAGGAGUACGCAUGGGUGCCGCCGGGACUCCGACCGGAGCAGGUCCAGCUCUACUUCUCCUGCCUACCUGAGGACAAAGUCCCUUAUGUGAACAGCCCUGGGGAGAAAUACCGCAUCAAACAGCUCCUGUACCAGCUCCCUCCUCAUGACAAUGAGGUGCGAUACUGCCAGUCUCUCAGCGAAGAGGAGAAGAAGGAGCUUCACAUGUUUAGCAUCCAGAGAAAGAAGGAGGCCCUCGGGCGAGGAACUCUGAAACUGCUGCCAAGGACGAUGCUCCAUGCGUCGUGUGAACACUGCAGAGAGAACGUCGGUGGAGGGGAGAUGGCGGUGUUUGCUUCCCGGGCUGGUCCUAGUCAGUGUUGGCACCCAGCGUGCUUCACGUGUUCCACCUGCAGAGAGCUCCUGGUCGAUCUCAUUUACUUCUACCAGGACGGGAAGGUCCACUGUGGACGGCAUCAUGCUGAGUUGCUAAAGCCACGCUGUUCCUCUUGUGAUGAGAUUAUUUUUGCAGACGAGUGCACGGAAGCAGAGGGUCGUCACUGGCAUAUGAAGCACUUUUCCUGCUUUGAAUGCGAGACCAUCUUGGGUGGUCAGCGGUACAUCAUGAAGGAUGGUCGGCCUUACUGCUGCGGUUGCUUCGAGUCUUUGUACGCCGAGUACUGUGAGGCCUGCGGUGAACACAUCGGGGUGGACCAUGCCCAAAUGACGUAUGAUGGCCUUCAUUGGCACGCCACUGAUGCUUGUUUUAGCUGUGCUCAGUGCAAGAGUUCCUUGCUCGGUUGUCCCUUUCUACCCAGACAAGGCAGGAUCUACUGUUCCAAGGCCUGCAGCAUUGGAGAGGACAUCCAUGCCUCGGAUUCCUCCGAUUCAGCCUUUCAAUCCGCAAGAUCUCGGGAAUCACGGCGCAGCGUGAAGAUGGGCAAAAGCAGUUGCUCUGCAGACCAGUGCCGACAGUCGCUUCUCUUUUCGCCCGCAGGCAACUACAAGUUCCCUGGACUCUCAGGGAACGCUGAAGACACCUUGUCCAACAAGCUGUCACAGCUAAGCUUUGCAGACAACCACUUCUGGAGGAACAGGGAAGAGCAAGAAGCCCCCGAGGACCAUGAGGAAUGGGCUGAGCACGAGGACUACAUGACCCAGCUCCUCCUCAAGUUCGGCGAACAUGGGAUGUUUCAGCAGCCGGACGACUCCAGGCCGACCGACCUCUGGACGACCGACUCUGAGGUCAAAAUCAAGAUGGAGACAAGGAUGCCAGGUGGUGGUGGGAAUGGCAAUCUGGCCAGUAAAAAAUACAAGGCGGACAUGUACUGGGCACAGUCCCAGGAUGGACUAGGUGACUCUGCGUACGGAAGCCAUCCUGGACCUGCAAGCAGCAGAAAGCUCCAGGAGCUCGAUUUGGAGCAUGGAGCCAGCUUUAAGCAUGAAGAUAAACAGUGGUAUAAUGACUCGCUGGAAUGCAUCACAGAUGAGCUGAAGCAAGCAGAGAAGAACAUCAGAGACUCGAUGGACUCCUUGGCACUCUCCAAUAUUACAGGUGCUUCGGUUGAUGGGGAUGUUAAAGAUAAACCAUUGCUCUACUCCUUACAAAAGUUCUCCGAGCUCGAACACUGCGAGAACGCCAGCAACAUGGGAACGCUGAAUUCAUCGAUGUUGCACAGGAGCACCAACUCCUUGAAGAGCCUCACCUCUGAGCUCGAGCGCGUGGAGGUUAUUGAAGAGGAGGAACAGGAGCAGGUGGUUCCGCUCCCAGAGGAGAGGCCCAAACCACCUCACUUACCUGUCCUGAGAAGGUCCAAGUCCCAGUCCAAACCGCAGCAGGUGAAGUUCUCCGAUGAUGUUGUGGAUAACGGACGUUAUGAUGAUCUGGAGGUUCGGCGGCAUCCCAUGAGCGAACGCACUCGGAGACGAGCGUAUCACUUUGAGGAGCAAGACCAGCAGCGUCCUCGCCAUCACCACAGGAAAAGGAGGAGUCGCAAAUCCCGUUCGGACAACGCUCUUCACUUGGCGCCCAAAGAAAAGGGCCGUAUGUGCUUCAAGGAGGACCGCCGGCAGCACGGGCCAGGUCCUAACUCUCACUACGGACAGCCUACCUAUGCCCACGCCGACUCUGAGUACGGUUUGCGCAACCAGGCGGCGGAGAGGUUUUCACGUCUUUAUGGGGAUGAAGAUGACUGGUGCUCCACCUGCUCCUCUUCAUCAUCGGAGUCAGAGGAGGAAGGCUUUUUCUUGGGCCAGCCUAUUCCACAACCAAGACAACCUCGGUACCAAUAUUACGGGGAUGAACUUCCUUUUGGCACAAGGACAAAGUCCAAACAGAAGAGAGGACGGAAGGGCAAAAACUGUAUCAUUUCAUAGACUUGGGAAGGAAACACUCCUAGUAUCUCAAUCUCAAGCUGUUGCUUCGAAUUAUAAAACAACUUGUUGAAGUGAAGUUAAUGGCCGACGCAGUAUCUAAACCACGCUUAACUGCUGCAUGUUAGGUGAUAAGUCUAUAGUCUUUGAAAGAACCAGAAGAAUAUAAUAUUUAUGAAGCCGCUUUUAGAGACUAAAGGAGAGAAUAAUUUAACUUCGCGAAAAUGAACGUGUAUAUAUUUGUAAAAUGUUGAGUUAAAGCUAAUAUUUUUAUAUCCCUGAGUUUCAAAAGAUUUUUUUGUUAAAGGAAAAAGUACUAAGCAAACUCCACUUUUGUUAAUCAGGGUUUUAAAAAUAUGUCACAUUGGUCAGAAUUGUCGCUCAAUUUGUAUUAAAACAUUGACUACAAAACAA